UGAUCAUGCACCUCUAGUGGUGAUUUAUCUGAAUCUCAUGAAGUCGGUCAGCGUUUACAAACUGCUGGAUUAGACGAACAGAGGCGCACGAGGGUUAUCUGACAUCGUGCAUCAUGUCACGUCCUAGUAAUGCCUCACCCAAACCUGCCAUGGCCAAAUCAAAACACUCUGGUGGUGGGGGUCCCAGGGGCAAAGGGCUGAAAGACAUACGCAUCGACGAAGAAGUUAAGAUUGCUGUGAACAUCUCCCUUGAGAGGUUUCAGUACAGUGAGCAAAAAGAAAUGGAGUUUCCUUCCUCCCUGUCUAGUACUGAGAGAGCCUUCAUCCAUCGCUUUGCACAGUCCCUUGGAUAUAUCUCUAAAAGCAGAGGAAAAGGAUCAAGCCGGACCCUCACUAUCAGAAAGAAGGAUGGCUCGGAGACGGCCCAGUCCAUCAUGACUUUCAACCUUUCCCACAAUUCCAAGCACGCUGUGCGGAGCCUGCUGCAGAGGUUCCCCAUCACCAACAAGGAGCGCACAGACCUACUGCCUCGCACUGAGAGGGGCUUGUCUGUGGCCAUUGAGGCUGAGAGCAGCCGUGACAAGAACAGGACCAGUGGGCGGCUCAACAACGGCAUUCCCCAGGUGCCCCAGAAGAGGGGCCCAUCUGAACUGGACUUCUUCCGCAGCUCACUUCCUGUGUACGAGCGCCAGGAGGAGAUCGUCCAGGUCAUCAAAGACAACCGUGUUGUCCUAGUGGUGGGGGAGACCGGCUCGGGGAAAACUACACAGAUCCCACAGUUCCUCCUGGACGACUGCAGCCGAAAUGGGAUCCCCUGUCGGAUCUUCUGCACACAGCCCCGGCGUCUGGCAGCCAUCGCUGUGGCAGAGCGGGUUGCUGCGGAGAGAGGGGAGAGCAUCGGUCAGACCAUUGGCUACCAGAUCCGCCUGGAGAGCAGAGUUUCUCCUAAGACGCUGCUGACCUUCUGCACAAGCGGAGUCCUGCUGAGAACACUGAUGGCCGGAGACACCACAAUGUCCACUGUUACUCACGUCAUUGUGGAUGAGGUUCACGAGCGGGAUGGUCUGAGUGACUUCCUGCUGACCAAGAUGAGGGACAUGCUCCAGACGAUGCCUAAUCUGAAGCUCAUCCUGUCCAGUGCUGCCCUGGACGUGGAGCUGUUCCUUCGCUACUUUGGCUCCUGUCCUGUCAUCCACAUCAAAGGAAGACCAUUUGAGGUGAAGCAACUUUUCCUGGAAGACAUCUUGAGGACAACAGGCUAUUCAAACAAAGACAUGAGGAAAUACAAAAAGGAGAUCCAGAGGGAGGAAAAGCAACAGAUGUUUUUGACAGAGUGGUGUAAGGUGCGUGAGGGUGGCUCCCGCCAGGAGCCCCAGAGGGAGAAGACCACCUCGGCCUCUUGUGUCCUUCAGGAGAACGACCUGCUGGACGAUGGAGGGGACAGUGUUUUCACCCAGUUGAAUGAGAAAGAUGUGGCAUCAUUGGACCCGUGGCUGCUGAAGGAGAUGGAUGCCUGCAUCUCAGACAUCUUCCUCAACCAGGACGCUGACGCCUUCAUCCAGCUCUUCAAUCUCAUCCUGAGUGAGAACGUCAGCGUGGACUUCAUGCACAGUGAAACGAGCGCCACUCCACUCAUGGUGGCAGCAGGUCGAGGCUUCCUCAGUCAGAUUGAGCAGCUUUUGAGUAUGGGAGCCAGCGUCAGAAUCAAGGCCUCCAAUGGCUGGACUGCGCUGGACUGGGCCAAGCACUUCCAGCAGGCAGAAGUGGUGGACCUACUAGAAUCCUACCUCUCAUCCCUGGAGGCGGGGAAGCUGGACGAGUGGUCCCUGGUGCAGGCUGCCACCACAGAAAUGAGUCCGGAGGACCAGGAGCUGCUCAAGGAAUACCACCACAGCUUUGACGAUGAGAGGGUGGACCUGGACCUCAUCAUGCACCUGCUACACAACAUUUGCACCAGCUCAGAAGACGGUGCCGUUUUAAUCUUCCUCCCCGGAUACGAUGAGAUAGUGGGUCUGAGGGACCGUAUCCUGUACGACGAUAAAAGAUUCACAGACCACUCUCAAAGGUACCAGGUCUUUACACUCCACUCCAACAUGCAGACCUCUGAUCAGAAGAAAGUGCUGAGGAACACUCCAGCUGGUAUCCGGAAAAUAAUUCUCUCCACUAACAUCGCAGAGACGAGUAUCACUGUCAACGAUGUCGUAUUUGUCAUUGACGCAGGAAAAGUAAAAGAGAAGUCCUUUGAUGCCCUGAACCAUGUGACCAUGCUGAAGAUGGUGUGGAUCUCCAAGGCCAGCUCUCUUCAGAGGAAGGGCAGAGCUGGACGUUGCCGACCAGGGAUCUGCUUCCACCUCUUCAGUCGUCUCCGCUUUAACAACAUGCUGGAGUACCAGGUGCCCCAGCUACUGAGGAUGCCCCUGCAGGAGCUCUGUCUCCACACCAAGCUGUUGGCCCCAAUCACCUGUUCCAUCGCUGAAUUCCUGUCCAAAGCACCCGAACCACCCCCCAUCCUCAUUGUAAAAAACGCGGUGCAGAUGCUCAAGACCAUAGACGCCAUGGACCCGUGGGAGGACCUGACGGAGCUGGGCUACCACCUGGCUGACCUGCCUGUGGAGCCCCACCUGGGAAAGAUGGUGUUAUGUGCCGUGGUGCUCAAGUGCCUAGACCCCAUCUUGACCAUCGCCUGCACGCUGGCCCAUCGCGACCCCUUUGUGCUGCCCUCCCAGGCCUCCCAGAAGAGGGCAUCCAUGCUGUGCCGGAAGCGCUUUACUGCAGGGACAUUCAGCGACCAUAUGGCCCUGCUCCGAGCCUUUCAGGCUUGGCAGAAGGCCCGCACAGAUGGCUGGGAAAGGUCCUUCUGUGAGAAGAACUUCCUGUCCCAGGCUACCAUGGAGAUCAUCAUAGGGAUGAGGACCCAGCUGCUAGGACAGCUCCGAGCCAUAGGCUUUGUGCGGGCACGGGGCGGCGGGGACAUCCGUGACGUGAACCUGAACUCUGAGAACUGGUCAGUGGUGAAGGCAGCCCUGGUGGCCGGAAUGUACCCCAACCUGAUCCAUGUGGACCGUGAGAGUUGUUCUCUGUCUGGGGCCAAGGAGAAGAGGGUCCGCUUCCACCCCACCUCAAUCCUCAGCCAGCCACAGCCCCACAAGAAGAUCCCCCCAGCCAAUGGUCAGGUGGCAGCCGUCCAGUCCCUGCCCACCGAUUGGUUGAUCUAUGACGAGAUGACGCGAGCCCAUAGGAUAGCCAGCAUCCGCUGCUGCUCAGUGGUCUCCCCCAUAACCAUAGCCAUCUUCGGGGGCUGUGCCAAACUGCCCAGCACAGCCCUACAAGAACCUGCUGUUCAGAAAGAUGAUGUGGUGAAUGAGAGCAGUGACAGUGAGAUUGAGGAUCGCUCCACAGCCAACCUGGCUCAGAUGAAGAUCGAUGAGUGGCUCAACUUCAAACUGGACAAAGAGAUGGUGGGUCUGGUGUUCCAGCUGAGGCAGAAGUGGCACGGUUUAUUCCUGAGGAGGAUCCGCUCUCCCUCCAAGCCCUGGUCCCAGCUGGAUGAGGCCACCAUACGGGCCCUGGUGUCGGUGCUGGGGGCUGAGGAUCAGACUGCAGGGCUGCAGCAGCCCACAGGGAUUGGCCAGAGGCCCCGGCCCAUGUCCUCUGAGGAGCUCCCCCAGACCUCCUCCUGGAGGAACGCCAACAGCAGGAGAACCUCCGGCCCCACAGCCAGCUCUGACAUCCCGGAGCUCCCUGACGAACCCCUCAUUCCCGCCCCCUCACACACAGCCACAGACAGGUCCUCAAGACUCUCCCCUGCCUCGGCCCUCCUGCACCCCAAAGCCCCCCAUGGCAGCAGGGACAGGGGCUCCAGGCCCACAGACGACCACUCCUCCACCCCCAAGUCUCCUGAAUCGGCUUCACUCGGCUUCCCCAGCCCCUGUCCCAGCCCCUCACCCACCUCAUCAGGAAAGUGCUCCAAGUCUCCGUCCCCGAGGCCAGGCGUUGCACCGGUGCGUUACUUCAUCAUGAAGAGCAGCAACCUGAGGAACAUUGACAUCUCCCAGCAGAAAGGCAUCUGGUCCACCACGCCCAGCAACGAGCUCAAACUCAACAGAGCCUUCCUGGAGAGCAGCCUUGUCUUCUUGGUCUUCUCUGUGCAGGGCUCCGGACACUUCCAGGGCUAUGCACGGAUGACGUCGGUCAUUGGACAGGAGCGCUGUCAGGACUGGGGCUCCACAGGGCUGGGGGGGGUCUUCAGUGUGGAGUGGACCAGGAAGGAGAGCCUGCCCUUCCAGUGUACCCAACAGCUGCUCAACCCCUGGAACGACAACAAGAAGGUGCAGAUCAGCAGAGACGGACAGGAGUUGGAGCCCCAGGCUGGAGGCCAGCUGCUGCAGCUAUGGGAGAGACUCUCAGGGAAAACACAGCAACCACAACAGCAACAUGAGCCAUGAGAGAUUGCACUGACCUUCAGGACCUCACCACUUGACUUGGUUAUGUGUCAUUAUAACAGAUCGAAGACAGCAUUAUAACAGAUCGAGGGCUAGUUUUAUUUCCUAAAUGUGUUUUGAACCACCUCCACACACACGUUUGUCAGUGGUCCACAACCAGUUACCCAAUGUGUUUGUAUUUGGCAAAAAAAAUAGCUUUGUUACUGAGAUUCAUGUUCUGAAGUUGUUAACCUUUUCAGAUGCUAUAAUGUUAUGUUCAAGAAUAUCUAAGUGCAGAAAGCUGUGUUAACAUGAAGUGACCUCACGAGAAAAGUUAUUUGUUUUUAAUAUUCAUUUCCUGGUGUUUUUUUAAGCAAAUUAUAACUUUGACGAGACUGACAUCUACGCUAAUUCCCAGUGACUACAGUGAAAUGUAAUGAUGAUUGGGACAUUCAGUGAGGAAUUGUGUUUUUUGUUUUUUUUCAAUGCUUCUCACAGCACAUGAGUUGCGUGUACCAUAGCGCUCCAUGGCACACAAUGGUUGAAUGUUAUUUGUUAACAUGUUUGAAUGUGUGUCACUGCACAAGGUCGCUCAGACUGGAGCAACCAUAAUGUAACCUUGUACUGUAGCUAAGCUGUGCCUGGUGAGACCUUACUAGAGGUCAUGUCUUUCUCUGUCAAUGACCAAAAUGUUUGUUUUUAUUCAUUUCAACGGAUUUAUGAUCUUUUGUAAAUGUAUUUAAAGAAAAAAAUAAUUACUUUUAUCCAGUUUUUGGAUAUAUAUCUUUUUUAUCUCUGUUCAUUUUAGCCCUGGUUCAGCAAGGGGUUAAAUAUUACGAUUGACUGACAAGUCUCUUUUCGUUUUUGAGUUUUUUUUAUGGUUGUAUUGUUGAAGUAAGAAAUAGAUAUAAAGAAUUUUUAUCAAUAAA